UAUGUUUUGGAGCGUGGAUAGUGGUUUGGAGCGAUAUCGUUGAUAUAGGGGAUUCGGAGGAAUUAAAGGGUUUUAAAGAGAUACCGGAGUAUUAUGGAGGAUGCCAAGGAGCUGGGGAGAUAUUUGAAGUUAAGGGGAUAUCUGUCGAGUUGAUGGGGUUACCGGGUAUCCUCAGAUUAGAUGGAUUUUUGCGUUAACUUCGUCAAUGAUGAGCAAAACGCAAAGCAAAGCAAAAAUUUAACGCAAAACGCAAUGCGAUGCCCUCUAAUAUGAUAGAUUUAAGGAUGAGACAUGUAAGGGUUAAAUGAAAUUUAAAGAAUGGACACAUGGCUAAGGCAUUUGGCCAACGUCUUACUGGGUAUUUGAUGUUUGCACCAUUUCGUAUUCGAGGACCAAAUAAUACAUACAAUUUAUACAACCUCUUUUAUUCUGAUUAUGUCCGGAAUAAUAAUAAUCUGAUAGGAAGACUUGAAGAAUAUUACAUAAAUCCACAAUUGCUUACCCUAAUAGCUGAACAAUUAAAUAAUGAGACUUUGGGUUAUCACCGUCAAUUACGGGAAAUACAUGGAGUUCCACCACAAACUCGAGAGCUUCACAUCCCCCGCACUCAACCUGAACCAGCCGUUGAUGAAACCGAUGAUGAACAAACGGAAGCAGCCGAAAUCCUUUUUGAAAUUAGCCAACAAGCCGCUGGAAGACGUCGCACUCGUAACAAUGGAGGAGGUGAAGGGAAUGGCCGUCGCGGUGGUGGACGUCGCCGUCACACUGGAGGCAGAAAUGGCAGUAGAGGAGGAAAUGGAGAUUCAGGAAAUUGA